AUGGGCCUUACCCCCAGCCCCAGGCGACUCAGCCUCGACGACACUUGGCCGCGCCGCGACGCCAACGGCGCGCUGGGCGCGGCGCUCGACAUCGGCAGCCUGUGCGGCCACGCGGCGCCGGCCGCGGCGUUUCUGGAUGCCCUUCCCGACGGCGUGCUGCAGUCGCACCUGCUGCCGGCGCUGAGCGCGGCAGAAAAGCAGGCGCUCAGGGCGACCCACCCGCACGCGCGCGAGCUGCUCAACGCCGCCGUCACCCGCAUCCGCGUCGCCGCGGGCGACCUGCUGCCGCCCGACCGCCCCAACGCUGCAGCGCCGCAGCUGGGGCGGCGGUUCCCGGCACUGCGCGCGGUCGAGGCUUUUGAUUGCAGCGAUGCACCUGUGUUCGACGAGGCGCUCAUCUCAUUCCUGCAGAGCGCCGGCGCCGAGCUGCUGGCGCAGCUCGUCGAAUUCGAUGUGAAGCGAUGCCACUACGUGGGCCGCGGCCUGCUGGACUUCCUUCGCGCCGCAUGCCCCCGCCUGGCGCGCCUGUCAGCCAGCAAGUGGACGGACAACGUGACGCUCCACGCCAUCGGCCGCCUGUCGGCGCUGCAGGAGCUCGACCUAGGGGAGUCUGACGCCCUCGACGACACGGGCCUGCUGCCCCUGCGCCACCUGACCGCGCUGCGCGUGCUGGGGCUGCAGCGCUGCCGCUGGAUCGGGGACGCCGGCUGCCGCGCGCUCGCGCAGAUCACCUCCCUGGAGGAACUCAACCUGUCAGCCACAGACGUCGGGGCCCUCGGCGUGGCCGAGCUCUCCGUGCUGCCCCGCCUCCGCCGCCUCGACCUGUCGGGGUCGCGCCGCGUCGACGACGACGCGCUGGCGGCCGUGGCGGGGGCGGGCGCGCUGGAGGUGCUGGGGCUGCGCAACACGGAGGUGCACAACGAGGGGCUGGCCUGGCUGGGGUCGCUGGCGCGGCUGAGGAGCCUGGAUUUGGGGUCGAGGUUUGAGCUGGAUGACUCCGGCCUGGAGUGCCUGGCAGGUGCAGGGGCGGCGGCAGGGAGGCGGGCGGCCUGCGGCGCGCUGCGCUCUCUGACCGCGGGCAGCUUCAACCUCACCCGCAAGCCGCCGCCCGGGUUUGGCGCCAGCCUGGAGCGCCUGACGUUUGGCGGGGGCUUUGCCAACAAGAACCUGGACCUGCUGUUCCCCCUGCCACGCCUGCGCUCGCUGCACGCCACGGGCAUCGACACCGUCACCGACCGGGUGAUGCGCACUGUCAGCAGCCAGACCUCCCUGGAGGAGCUCUCGCUGCGCAGCGGGUACUCCCUGACGCGGGACGGCCUCAUGACGCUCCACAGCCUGGCCAACCUGUCGGCGCUGUCCGUGUCGUCCUGCCCCGCCAUCAACGACAACGUCCUGGCCGCCUUCGCAGACCGCCGCACCGCGGCGCGCGCAGGGGCCACCGGCGGCGCCGCCGCGGGGGCGGCGCCGGUGGCGUGCGGCCCCUUGUGCGCGGCGGCGUGA